AUGAGCUCGGACAGACAACGGAUACCGCUGAGAAUAGCGGGUAAGAGGGCAUAUGUGUGGGAUGUAGACGACAUCGCCACAAUUCGUGCACAAUAUCGCCUCUGCGGAGUUCUGACUGGUACUCUGCCGCAUCUAUCUCAACAAAAUGCCUUCCUUGGUGUACCAUUAGUUUUAAUGCCCGAGGAGGUUGCGCUCCUACUAGAAAUCGACGCUGCCGUUCUCAUUGACGACCCUAAAUCACACAUUCAGCCUACAAUGCCAGAAUUACAACGCUGGAAUGCAGGACAACAAGAAUCAAUUCGUGCUCAAGUCGCCUUCACGGAAACAAAGUCUGCAAGGGAGAGUGCCAACGCUGGCCGAGCGAUGUCUGAAGAUGCGCUUCGCAAGCGGAAAGAAAGAGAGGAACGCAAAAAAGCAGAGGCUUCGAGGCUUGCCGAAAUUGCUGCUAGGUCUGACGGAGACCUUUUGGCGCUGUCUGAACCAACACCAGCUCAAGCUCCGCCAAUACAUUCAGAUCCUGCUGUUUCUGCAGCAGGUAAUCAAACCGAACCUUUGUCUUCCAUACCGUAUGCGGUCGUUGUGUCUGCGCCAUCCUCUUCAUUUGAGUGGUAUAACCCGAGCGGGCGCUUUUAUUCAUCGCUCGAGGAUGCAAGAGCUGCUGGAGUCUGGGAUUAUCCUUCCACUUUGGAAGAACGUGCAAGGUGUGGGGUAUUUAGUGGGUUAUGGAAGCAAGGCUUUUUUAUGGGCGGUGGGAUCAAAUUUGGUGGCGAUUACUUGGUGUAUCCAGGUGACCCACUGCGCUAUCAUUCACACUUCGCGGCCUCCGUUUUGGUAUCACCUAUCUCUGCUUUGAGACCGAUGGAAAUCGUUGCACAUGGGCGGUUGGGAACUGCCACGAAAAAGGCCCAUCUUCUCUGUGGAUGGGACGAUGAGAAGCAAGAAGUCUCCUAUUUGUCUAUCGAAUGGGCUGGAUUUGGGUAG